AACUUAUCCUUCUGGACGUAUGCCCGGCAAAAUGGAUGCAUCAUAUCCUUCACCCGUCUGUACAUGAAGACCGAGAUAGCAAAGCAUGGUGGCGUUGCUGACAGAUUCUCGUGCGAGGGUGGGAAUCCAAACUUACGGAGGGAGGGCCUUCAUCUGGACUCGGGAUGAUCUAGAUGGAUGCUGGCCAGGAUGGAUAUGGGUUUUCGAUUUUCGAUGGCCAUCGUGGCGCUGCUGCAUUGGAUGUAUGCUUUUACUGGGUAUGCUCUCCGCUGUUUCGGUCGUUUGUCUUUUUUUUUUCCUACGUGGGAAUUCCUUUUGAAGGGUUGGCGAUCGAGAGGGUAUCGCUAUUGGCUGGGGAUCUCUGGUUCCUGGGCAAUUGGUUCGUCCCGAGGAUUCCCCUGAUCUCGAGGGCGGUGCCGAACUGGGCCGCGGAAAUGGAUCGGUCGAACGAUUGCGAGUCUCGGGAUUCCCAAGCGUCAAGAUCGGCUUUGCGGAUGUGAGACGUCGAGUGCAAAAAUAAACCACGGAGUUCUACGCUGGACGAGCAUCGCACGGUUCAGGCACGGCGGGAGGAUUCGCAAAUUA